AUGAGUUCCUUUGAAAUUCCGAGCGAACAGUGGGCGCAGGUCGUCGAAAAGACCGGUGGACCCGUCGAAUAUAAGAAGGUUCCAGUUCCUAAGCCAGGACCUGAUGAGGUACUCAUCAACAUCAAGUAUUCUGGUGUCUGUCACACAGACCUACACGCCUUAAAUGGCGAUUGGCCACUUGCCACCAAGAUGCCCUUCAUUGGUGGUCACGAAGGUGCAGGUGUUGUCGUCGCACGUGGCGAGCUUGUCAAGGACAUUGAAAUCGGAGACCACGCCGGUAUCAAAUGGCUGAACGGAUCAUGCCUGACAUGCACAUUCUGCCGACAGUCUGACGAAUCACUUUGCCCCGAUGCCUUAUUAUCAGGCUACACAGUAGACGGUAGCUUCCAACAGUAUGCUAUCGGCAAGGCAGCUCACGUUGCCAGGAUCCCGAAGGACGUCAGCCUAGAAGCAGUCUCGCCCAUUCUAUGCGCUGGUCUAACAGUGUACAAGGCACUGAAGGAGUCCGGCGCGAGGCCCGGUCAGCAAGUCGCCAUCGUCGGUGCCGGAGGUGGUCUUGGUAGCUUGGCUAUCCAGUACGCCAAGGCAAUGGGCUUACACACAAUCGCCAUUGACGGUGGUGAAGAGAAAGGCAAGCUCUGCAAGGAUCUCGGUGCUACAGACUACAUCGACUUCACCAAGAGCAAGAACGUAGUCCAAGACGUCAAGGCAGCAACACCCGAUGGCUUCGGCCCUCAAGCCGUCCUCCUACUCGCUGUCAGCGAAGGUCCCUUCCAACAAGCUAGCGAGUACGUACGUAGCCGCGGAACCAUCGUUGCCGUCGGUCUACCCGCAGGUGCAUACUUAAAGGCACCAGUAUUCGACACCGUGGUCCGCAUGAUCACCAUCAAGGGCAGCUACGUCGGUAACCGCCAAGACACCGCCGAAGCCAUCGACUUCUUCAGGAGAGGGCUCGUCUCCUCGCCUUACAAGGUAGUCGGCCUUAGCCAGCUGCAAGAGGUAUUCGACUUACUAAAGGCUGGCAAGAUCGCCGGUCGGUAUGUCGUCGACACAAGCAAAUAG